GUAGCGCGUGGCUGUCAAACUUCAAAAUGCUAACGCUUUUGUGAAUCCGGUGUUCUAAUUCUGAAAACCCUAAUCUCGUCCACGGAGAAGAAAAAAAAGCAAGAAAGGAAGCUAUUGCCCGGUAAUGGAAUCGCAGGUUAAAAACAACAAGAGAAAGAAGACUAGAGAUUUGCCCAACUUAUCAGAAUGUCACUCUUGUGGGUUUCGAAUCGACUCUUGCACAGGUAAUAACAGACUCCACACAUUAUACAGUGAAUGGCGUAUUGUCCUUCUUUGUAAAAUUUGCUUUAUCCGCGUCGAAUCCUCUCAACUUUGUUCUUACUGUUUCAAAGGUUCUUCUGAUAAUUGCUUUAAUUGUCUCCAAUGCAAACGAAUUAUUCAUAAAUCUUGCCUUUUCGAUUAUGCCACUGUUUCUCCGUGGUCCUUUUCUUCUUCUUCUUCUUCUUCUCGUGCUUCUCAGUUUUCCGUUUGUGUGGAUUGCUGGGUCCCUAAAUACAUUGCCGAUAAAAGAGCAUGUUAUUUUAGGCCUAUCAAGAGGAAUAAGUUGCUUGAGGGUGUGGAUCGGGAUGCGAAUUGUUCUGUGCAGAGGACGGUUGCAGCUGCUAGGGCUAGAGAGUUGGCUGUGAAGAAGGCCUUAGCUGCAAGACAGGCAGCUGAGUUGGCACAAAAUGCCUUGGAUUUGGUGGCUGAGAGAUAUGGUAGUGGCUGCGCUGGUGGUGGUAUUCAUGAUGAUAUGGAAUUGUCAUUGCAGUUUCAUGGAGUAAUGAAUAGUUCGCCAAGGAUUUUGAAGAAUUUCUGCUUUGUGAGUUCGCGCUGCUUGGAUGUUCCAAAUCCAUGGGUCAGAGCUGGUGUUUGUAGGAAGCUUGAAGUUUCCAAUGAAAAAAGUGUUUCUGACCCUUCAGUUUGUGUUACAACUUCGGGAUAUGAUUCUUCUGUUAAUAUGGAUUCUUUGGGAUCGGAUGGACUUGAUGAUAUUUGGAUCAGAACAAAUGAUAAAGAAUCUGAUGUGGAAUUGCUAUUGAAUUACAGAGAAAGAAGAAGUUUCAAUAAACCAAUGAACUCUCAGUCUCAAUCUUGUAGGGAGGGAGAUGUGCAUGGGCUCAUGGAACCUGCAGAGGAAAGCUACAAUCGAAAGCCUGGUCCAUAUGCACUAAAGUAUAGUAGGAGAACACCUGCAGAUAAAAGAUAUAAUGGAAAGCCUGGCCGAUGUCUAAUAAAGUAUGCUAGGAGAACAACUGCAAGAGAAACAUAUGAUGGAAUGCGAAUGCAAGACCGAUAUUUGAUUAAGUAUUCUAGGAGAACACCUUCAGAUGAAAGAUACAAUGAGAAGCCUGAUAGAUAUUUGAAAAAGUAUACGAGGAGAAAGUUCAAUCAGAGAUCAGUUCAGGGUAGUAGGUCUUGUUUUGUUUAUGAAGGUGUAUACAAUGAAACUAAGGCUUCAGCAAUUGGGCAAAUGCUAAGUUGUUCCAAGGAAUCAGUAACAUCCUCUAAAGCUUCGCUGCAGGCUUGUCCUUUUUAUAUGCAAGUGUCUUGUUCAAGUGACUUGUCUGGAGACAAGACUUAAGGGGGACUAAACAACAGUUUCCUUCCAGAAGAGAUACAUCUUGCAAUGCAGUUAUGAAGAAAAGAUUUUAAAAAUGAUGUCUCAUUACGCAAUAUAAAAAAUAUGGGUGUUCUUUUACAUGGUGGCACCAUGCAAUCCGCAACAUUUUUAUGUCCCAUUCAUGGAAUCUUCAACAGGCACAAGUUUUGUUGAAUUUUCUGGUUGAAUCAUUAUCAAUUCUUAUGUUGGGGAUUUAUGUUAUUUGAAUUGUGGAGGAAUUUUAAGGGGACAGAGUCAUGAAUUUGGUGUGAGCUGCAAAGGAUAUUUGAUAAUGGGAAAGUAAUUGUUGUGUCAAUGAGGAAGGAAUGUUUUUUAUGGAGAACUGAUUUCUAUACAAUUCAACAGAAUUUUUGCAUUUUGUUCUCCUUCAUCUCUUAAACUUAGGAUGACUAACUACCUGCAACUGUAUCCUUGCAGUUAAUAAUAACAUACUUUGUGUUUUGACAAAGAUCACUGGUGCAGUUAACCAUAUGAAAUUAUUCUUGAAUGGCUGACAUAUGAAUCCUCUGGAAAAUGUUGUAUCUAUGAAUGGAUUCAUAGAUAAUGACUGUAUUCUCUUUAAUGUUUUGUAAGUUGACAUA